AUGGCUGCGAGGGUUGUGUUUGGCAUUCUAUUGCUGGCGUUGAUGGCGCAGCAGGCCGCAGCGGGGGGAAACGGCGACCAGGGGCGCAGCUGGCCCACGGAGUUGAAGGAGGAUUUUCAGGUACAUAGGAAGAUCGGUAAAUCGGAAAUAGGACACAUACACCAUCACACUAAAAAAUACAUGCACGACGCAACCGGGGCCCCACAUGUUCAUGCGUUGCAGUUUGAGCUCCGCAACAUCUACAGCAACCGGCAGAACGGCAGUCGCUACAACUUCCUCACCAAAUACCGCUAUCCCAGCAGCUCUG